AUGACUGCUGGCAACAUGGAUAAAGUAGAAGUCUUUGACACGGACAGCAAGGGAAGGGGUCUGAAGGCGAAGCAAGACUUAUGGAGCGGGGAUGUGGUCUUCGCUGAGCCAGCGUAUGCUGCGGUCGUGUUCGACAACCUCACGCACCACGUGUGCCACGGAUGUUUCAAGAAGCACGCAAAGCUCCAGCGUUGCAUGCAGUGCAAGUUUGCCCACUACUGCGACCGCACUUGUCAGAAAGCAGCGUGGACGGAGCACAAGAACGAGUGCACUGCCAUCAGGAACCACGGCAAGGCACCCAGUGAGAGCAUCAGACUUGCCUCUCGUAUCCUAUGGAGGAUGAGGAGAGAAGGAGAUAUUGUCUCCGAGGAUCGUGUCACUUCCAUUGAGGACCUCCAGGACCAUCUGGAUGACCUUAGUGAGGAAGAGAAGAAGCAGCUAACAUUGGACAUUGAGGUUUUCCAACGGUACUGGCCCUCCAAUGAGCAGCAAGUUGGCAUGCAGUCCAUAUCGCACAUCUUUGGAGUGAUAAGCUGCAACGGUUUUACCAUCAGUGACCAGCGUGGGUUGCAAGCUGUGGGAGUCGGAUUAUUUCCAAACCUCUGCCUUGUGAAUCAUGACUGCUGGCCAAAUUGCACAGUUAUGCUGAACAAUGGAAAUCGUGAUGCGGUUAAUUCAAUGUUCCACACACAGAUGAGAAUUGAACUUCGGGCAAUCCAGCAAAUCAAAGCAGGAGAGGAGCUGACGGUGUCAUAUGUGGACUUCCUGAGCCUCAGUGCGGACAGGUGCAAGAUGCUCAAGAAGCAGUAUUACUUCGAUUGCAGCUGUGAGCAUUGCCAAAAGGGAAUCAAAGAUGACCUGAUGCAGGCUGUCAAAGAAGAAGAUGGCAAAAAGCCACCAGAAGAAACGGUGAAGGAAGUCAUUGAGUUUUCAAAGAUGACAUUGGGAAAAGUUGAGAAGGAUCGAGAGGAGGGACUCUGGGCAAAUAUUGUAAAGCUGUGUCGGGAGUGCUUGAAAAAGCAGGAGCCUGUUCUGGCAGACACAAACCUCUACAAGCUGAAGAUACUGAGUCUCGCCUCUGAAGUGCUGUCUUAUCUGCAGUAUUUUGAAGAAGCAGCCGGGUAUGCCAAGCAGAUGGUGGAGGGAUAUCAGAAACUUUACCACCACAACAAUGCCCAGUUGGGAAUGGCUCUGAUGAGGGCUGGAGUGACGCACUGGCACGCUGGGCUCAUAGAACCAGGCCAUGCCAUGAUUUGCCAAGCAUAUGGGAUUAUCCUGGUGACACACGGCCCAACCCACCCCAUCACCAAGGAUCUCGAGACCAUGCGAUGCCAGACUGAAAUGGAACUGCGAAUGUUCAAGGAGAACGAAUUUCUUUACUAUCAGAUGAGAGAGGCAGCACUGAAAAAUCAGAAAAUGCAAGUCAUGGCAGAACCAACUGGAGAGUACAUCAAGGAGCUUUUCCACAGAAGAAAAUAA